UGCUAGAGGCCGCCUAGGGGGUUGUAGGGUGACGGCGCUGCCGCCAUUUUGUGGGGUGUUUGUCGCAGCGGCUGGAGAGGAACGACGGCGGUUUGGCGACAUUUUUCGGCCAAAGGGCCUUUUGCUUUCGCAGAGAUGCGACAUUCCAAACGAACACACUGCCCUGAUUGGGAUAGCAGAGAAAGCUGGGGUCAUGAAAGCUACAGUGGAAGUCACAAACGGAAGAGGAGAUCUCACAGUAGCACACAAGAGAACAGGCAUUGUAAACCACAUCACCAGUUUAAAGAAUCUGAUUGUCAUUAUUUAGAAGCAAGGUCCUUGAAUGAGAGAGAUUAUCGGGACCGGAGAUACGUUGAUGAAUACAGAAAUGACUACUGUGAAGGAUAUGUUCCUAGACAUUAUCACAGAGACAUUGAAAGCGCUUAUCGAAUCCACUGCAGUAAAUCCUCAGUCCGAAGCAGGAGAAGCAGUCCUAAAAGGAAGCGUAAUAGACACUGUUCAAGUCAUCAGUCACGUUCGAAGAGCCACCGAAGGAAAAGAUCCAGGAGUAUAGAGGAUGAUGAGGAGGGUCAUCUGAUCUGUCAAAGUGGAGACGUUCUAAGAGCAAGAUAUGAAAUCGUGGACACUUUGGGUGAAGGGGCCUUUGGCAAAGUUGUAGAGUGCAUUGAUCAUGGCAUGGAUGGCUUACAUGUAGCAGUGAAAAUCGUAAAAAAUGUAGGCCGUUACCGUGAAGCAGCUCGUUCAGAAAUCCAAGUAUUGGAGCAUUUAAAUAGUACAGAUCCUAAUAGUGUCUUCCGAUGUGUCCAGAUGUUAGAAUGGUUUGAUCAUCAUGGUCAUGUUUGUAUUGUGUUUGAACUGCUGGGACUUAGUACCUAUGAUUUCAUUAAAGAAAACAGCUUUCUGCCGUUUCAGAUUGAUCACAUCAGGCAGAUGGCAUAUCAGAUCUGCCAGUCAAUAAAUUUUUUGCAUCAUAAUAAAUUAACACAUACAGAUCUGAAACCUGAAAAUAUUUUAUUUGUGAAGUCUGACUAUGUAGUCAAAUAUAAUUCUAAAAUGAAACGUGAUGAACGCACACUGAAAAACACAGAUAUCAAAGUCGUUGACUUUGGAAGUGCAACAUAUGAUGAUGAACAUCACAGUACUUUGGUGUCCACACGGCACUACAGAGCUCCAGAAGUCAUUUUGGCUUUAGGUUGGUCUCAGCCUUGUGAUGUUUGGAGUAUAGGUUGCAUUCUUAUUGAAUAUUAUCUUGGGUUCACAGUCUUUCAGACUCACGAUAGCAAAGAGCAUCUGGCCAUGAUGGAACGAAUAUUAGGACCCAUACCACCUCACAUGAUUCAGAAAACGAGAAAACGCAAGUAUUUUCACCAUAACCAGCUAGAUUGGGAUGAACAUAGUUCUGCUGGUAGAUAUGUUAGGAGACGCUGCAAACCAUUAAAGGAAUUUAUGCUCAGUCAUGAUGAAGAACAUGAGAAGCUCUUUGACCUGGUUCGAAGAAUGUUAGAAUAUGACCCAACUAAAAGAAUUACCUUGGAUGAAGCAUUGCAGCAUCCUUUCUUUGACUUAUUAAAAAAGAAAUGAAAUGGAAAUCAGUGGUCUUACUAUAUACUUCUCUAGAAGAGAUUACUUUAAGACUGUGUCAGUCAACUAAACAUUCUAAUAUUUUUGUAAACAUUAAAUUAUUUUGUACAGUUAAGUGUA